GUUUUAGAAAAAGCCUUCGUAUUUUCAGCGAUAGGCCUUGGACUUUUUUACGUGGACUUUUCACUUUUCAGCGUUGAAACAACUCCAGUUUGCUUAACUUAAAACGUGGGAAUGGGUGUUCCAGCAUUUUUUCGUUGGCUAUCGAAGAAAUACCCGUCGAUCGUUGUCCACUGUGUCGAAGAGAAAGGACCUGAAGUUGAUGGAGUGAGAGCCCCUGUGGACACAAGUUUACCUAACCCCAAUGACUAUGAAUUUGAUAACCUAUACCUGGACAUGAAUGGAAUCAUUCAUCCUUGCUGCCAUCCAGAAAACAAGCCAGCUCCAAAGAAUGAAGAUGAAAUGAUGGUGGCUAUUUUUGAGUACAUCGACAGAAUCUUCUCUAUUGUCAGACCCAGAAAGUUACUUUACAUGGCCAUUGAUGGAGUGGCUCCAAGAGCAAAAAUGAACCAGCAAAGAUCUCGUCGAUUUAGAGCAUCUAAAGAAACCAAGGAAAAAGCCGAGGAAAUGGCAAGAAUUAGAAGUGAAUUGAUGGAAAAAGGAGCUCUUUUACCACCAGAAAAAGAAAAAACUGAACACUUUGACAGUAACUGUAUCACACCAGGGACAGAGUUCAUGGCAAACUUGUCUAUAUGUUUAAGAUAUUACAUUGCUGACAGAUUAAACAAUGAUCCUGGAUGGAAGAAUAUAAAAGUGAUAUUAUCAGAUGCUAAUGUUCCUGGAGAGGGUGAGCAUAAGAUAAUGGACUACAUCAGAAAGCAAAGAGCAAGUCCACAUCAUGACCCAAACACAAAGCACUGUUUGAAUGGUGCUGAUGCUGAUCUGAUCAUGCUGGGACUUGCAACUCAUGAGCUUCACUUCACAAUUAUCAGGGAAGAGUUUAAACCAAACCAAAAGAGACCAUGUGAGAUGUGUGGUCAAAUUGGUAAGAAUUACUUUAAAGUCCUGCUUUUUUUUGAUGAGCUCCCCGCACCUGUGGCCCAAGAAGUAGAGUUUAUUUUCAUCAGGCUAAACGUUUUACGAGAGUACCUCGAGCGUGAGUUAAGAAUGGAAGGCCUUCCUUUCCCGUAUAGCUUUGAGCGCUGUCUUGAUGACUGGGUAUUCAUGUGCUUCUUUGUAGGAAAUGAUUUCCUUCCCCAUUUGCCGUCGUUAGAAAUCAGGGAAGGAGCUAUAGACCGUUUGGUGGGAAUUUACAAGAGGGUACUACCAAGAUGUGGGGGCUACUUGGCUAAACAUGGAAUUGUGGACCUUAGCAGAGUACAGAUGAUUCUUCAAGAGCUUGGUUAUGUGGAAGAUGAAAUCUUUAAGAAGAGACAGGAAAACGAAGUACAAUAUAGAAAACGUCUGAAGGCAAAUAAAGAGAGAGAAAAACGACAAAAGAUGCGGGAUGCUCCCCUCUGGACACCAAGUGGACAAUUUAGCCCUCACGCCAUAACUAAAACACCCUCAGCUAUUGUCUCCCCUCGGCAAGAGGCUUAUGCCAUGCGAAAGCAAGCAAUGUCCUACAGUGGCAGCAGUACAGAAGCAGCCAAUAAGAGUGCUGCAGCAAAUCUUAGAGCUAUGCUUGUGACGCCUUCCCCUGAUGCUAAUACGUCUUCUUCAAGUACACCAAACUCGAAUCCAGCAUCAAACAAGAGAAAACAUGAAGACGAGGACGAGGAACCGAAAGAUGAUAUUCGGUUAUGGGAGGCAGGAUGGAAAGGCCGUUAUUACAAAAAUAAAUUUCAACUGUCUGAAGACGAUGAAGGUUAUGAUGACUUCAGGAAGAAAGUGGCACACGCCUAUGUGGAAGGACUUUGUUGGGUUUUACUUUAUUACUAUCAGGGUUGUCCUUCUUGGAAGUGGUUUUAUCCAUAUCAUUACGCUCCUUUCGCCUCAGAUUUCCGUGACCUUGCAUCACUUCCAAACUCUUUUGAAAAAGGAACACAACCGUUUAAGCCUUUAGAGCAACUGAUGGGAGUAUUCCCAGCAGCCAGUGGAAACUUUCUUCCUCCAACCUGGAGAGAGCUGAUGUCUCACCCAGAGUCGCCGAUUAUUGAUUUCUACCCGCUGGAUUUUGAAAUCGAUCUCAACGGGAAGAAGUACGCAUGGCAAGGCGUAGCCCUCUUACCGUUUGUAGACGAGAAGAGACUUCUCGGUGCUCUCAGUCAUGUAUACCCGGAUCUCACAGAAUUGGAGACGAAAAGAAACAAUCGCGGUAAAGAUCGCUUGUUUCUACGCCAAGGAAAUCCUGUCUUUGACUUCUUUGUGGGCCUUUAUGAAGGAGGUGGCAUCAGAGAGUCGGUUGAAAUCGUAGCAAAUCUGAGUGGUGGCAUGUCAGGAAAAGUAGAACCAGAUGAUGUUCCUAUUUUACCUCACAAAAUAGUCCAUGAUACAACUCUGUACUUAGUUGCCAAGCCUUUGAACAAGAGUGAGGUUAAGAGUGGUCUUCGUUGUCGCUCUGUCCUUGUCAAUUUUACUAUUCGUCGUAAGGUCUUCGUUGUAGCUCUGUCCUCGUCAACAUUACCACCCUCUUCAUCGUCGUUUUCUCGCUUUACGAACAGCAGACCACAAACCGUAAUCAAUUUUAUACAACUGAAUAAAACUUUGCGUGAUAACGUAUGUUUUAAUUGUAUUCUUGUUGAUUUUAGUGUCCUGUUCACUGAUCCUGUUUACGACGACGAUCAUAUUUUUAAAGCAGAUGUUUUACCCGAGGCAGUACCUCCAGCCCGUGUUCUGAAACCAGAGGGUUAUGACAGAAAUGCUCCAUAUCGGCCCGUCACAGGAAUGAAUCCUAACAGGACCUCGUUCGCUCAAAUUGACGGCGCUGGAAGAAGAAUGCUCAACUUCCAUGGCGGUGAAGUCUUUCGUUUCUCCACACCCCGCAGCCACGCUCCUCCCUUCCGGUCACACUCAGGCCCUCCGCAGAACUACCCGAGACACGGUCACCCUCCCCAUUCAAGAUCCAUUCUGGGCACUCCUCCUUCGUCACGUGAUUACAAUGAUCCAAGACGAAACAACCAUUACAGUCAGCAGGUGCCGCGUCACAACUCAGGCAGUUACCAAGGAAACAGGCCUACGCCUUGGUCGCAAAGGCUACCCUCUUAUCGGGGACCGGGGCCGAAUCAACCCCAGUUCUCGCGCAAUCAUUCUAACAACCCGUCACGUGAUCCGCGGCAACAUCAAGACAGUCGAGGCUAUAGUGCACCAGCCAGGGAUGAUCGUCGCCAGUCCUACCCGCUCUCCAAUUACCGCUACAGACCUUAGUAAUUAAACCGGGUGGUAAUCCUUAGCAACAAAUCAUUGAGCCCGCAGGAACCUAUUAGAGACUACAAAAUCGGUGGACGGGAAUCUGUUCAGUAAACUCUGUGAGAGCGUAGUUCCGCCUUUCCGUAGGCUUUAAACAAUGAAAUGGCUGGUUUCCAUUAUGAUAGCAAUGAGACAUUUAUGCCCAUGAACUUAUUAGUCAGUCUCACUUCUUAUUGACCAGGAAAGCAUCGAAUCAAGAACUUAGUGGACUAAUAAUUUACAAUUUAUUUUGGGAUUUUCUUGGAUUGACUGUCUUAAUGUGCUGCAUAUUUGAGCCGCAAACGUUGAGAUGACAAUUGAAGCAGAGUUUGAAGACUCUCGCGCUAAUCUUUUCGACAUAAAGGAUUUUUUAAUGUCACAUAAAUUAGGACUUGCAUAUACUUAAUUCUUGCACAUUUUUUUCUACCUAGUAAGUUGAGGUCAUCCUCAAAUAUUUAUGCUUUAAAAAUCAAUACCAGGCGGUAGGUGGCAUUCGUAAUUCUUUUUUUAUAGCACUGCCAUCUUAUUAAUGGGAUUUUCAUAAUGUUUAGGACUCCUGAGUGAAAGCUGUCAGUCAUGUCAGUGUACAAUAAAACACUUUCCCUUCU